AUGGGUAACCAAAUGAGUGUUCCCCAAAGAGUCGAGGACCAAGAGAAUGAUUCGGAAGCAGACACUCACAAGGUGGCAUCUGGUGACAAGUGUGGUCAGAAUGGGACGCCGGUGAUGGUAUCCACCCACUCCGUUCAGCUCGACCAUGAAGAUUCAGUGGAGGAAGCCACUGCAGGUGCAGUGGACGUAGCAAGAGAACUAGAAUUCGAAGUGGAGCUUGAGGAUGUGACUGAAUUGCUGCAAUCUCAUGAUAAAACCUUCAUGAAUGAGGAGUUGGAAUCUACUCCUGGUGAUGAACCUCUGAAGAUUGUUGAAAUGACAACAUCAACAUUGACAGGAGUUUGGAAGAAGUUGAUUCCAACCCUCGUGGAUGACCUUGUGGGGUUGAAGAUUCAGUGGAGGAAGCCACUGCAGCUUGAUGUCAGCUCCGAUAAAGCUCUAGGGAACAAAGACCCGAGUGAGCCCAUGGCACUUCCGGUAGCAGCUGCACUGGGGUGCGACCCGGAUAAAACCCCCGUGCAGACCCCGGCCCAAGCCGAGGGCCUCUCUGCCACUUGGGGACCAGAGUCUCAUCUUUCUGAGUCUGGGGGGGCAGCCGCCUCCAAGCCCAAGGACUCCAGCUUCUUUGACAGACUCUUCAAACUGGACAAGGGACGGAACAAGGCCCUCGUGGACCACCAACAGGAAGCCAAGCGUGCAGAGCAUCGCGACCCCACCGCCGAAACUCCUGGAUUCUCCACGCAGUCGGACGAUGUCCCUGCAGAGAGGGAGGCAUCUGAACCGGUUGCUUUCUUUCCUGCGCAAAAUAAGGACAUAGCUGACGGCACAGGAAAAGAAGGACAGGAAAUCCCAGCUGUGAGUUGCUCUGUCCCCGGGGUCCCUGAAGAAGUGGAGAUUGCAAAGGAGGACCCCCAGACAGAGAAUAAUAAUUCCAUCAUGAGCUUCUUUAAAACUCUGGUUUCGCCUAACAAAGCUGAAACAAAAAAAGAUCUGGAAGACACGGCAUCUAAAGCAGAAAGUGUCUGUGAUGGACAAGCUGAGCAGAAGACAUCCGAGACCCAGGCUAAAGGCACCAAGAAAAAGCAUCUGCAUAGCCCCAGGCUAGGACUCGCCUUUAGAAAAUUCUUUAGGCAUAAGGGUGCCGAAAAGUCACCCGCCACUUCAGCCGACCUCAAGUCAGACAAAGGCAAUGUUACGCCCCAGGAGUCCCAAGGGGCUGCCAAGAAUUCUACAUCCACUGAAAUAGCAAAGGAAGGUGCCAAGGAAAAGGGGGGCCCCACCUCUCUGCCUCUGGGCAAACUGUUCUGGAAAAAGUCAGUUAAAGAGGAUUCAGUUCCCACAGGUGCAGAGGAGAAUGUGGUGUGUGAAUCACAGGUAGAGGCUGUAAAGUCUGAAGAAGUAGAAUCAGCCUUACAGACAGUGGAUCUCAGCGAAGAAGGAGAUCGCACACCUGAACCCUCAGAAGAAACGCUCAAGAGAACAGAACGCAGAGCGCCAAGACCCUCCCUGCUGGCGCUUCUCAGACAGAUGUCAGUGAAAGGGGAUGGAGGCAUCACCCACUCGGAAGAAAUAAAUGGCAAAGACUCCAGCUACCAAGCCUCAGAGCCCCCUGAGAAGGCAGUGGUGCCGCCGGAGUCAGAGCCGGCAGCCGCUGGCCAGAAGGGCAAAGAGGGCUCCUCCAAGGACAAGAAGGCGUCCGCCGACCCCGAGAAGCAGAAGAGCAGCAAGCAGGAAGCCAAAGAGCCGGCCCCGCGCGCGGAGCCGGCCCUGGCGGAGGUGAACUCGCUGCGGGACGGGGACAAGUCCCAGAAGAGGCUCGAGAAGCGGCGACAGCCCCUCGGAGGCUUCUUCAAGGGCCUGGGACCAAAGCGGAUGUUGGACGCUCAAGUGCAAACAGACCCCGUAUCCAUCGGACCGGUUGGCAAAUCCAAGUAAACAAAUCACCACGGUUCCCACCAAGUUCUGCCACCAAGAGGUCUUCUCCCUACUCCAUCUCCUCCCCCACCCCGCUCCAUGUAUAUAUUUUUUCUUCUGAUGGCCAUCAAAUGAAAUUCUGCCUACAA